UGAGCACUGUGGUAAGAGGAAGUCCUGAAGCAGCAGUGCGAGGGGAGAGUGAGGAGUCGGGGUCAGUAUCAGACAGCAUACUGAGGACUCCCACUGAGUCAAUGGAGGUGGACACACCUUCGAGUCCGGUGAGGAAGUCACCGAGGGCUACCCUUACCAGCUGGGGUAGUGAAAUGGACUUGUGUGAAAAGAUAACCUAUGCUGAGGCGGUCAAGAAACCAAGUCCGAGUGGUGUGGUAGUGACACAGAGUCGAGACAAGUCAAGUAAGACUGGGGGCUCUUACCAACCACGGCCUAAGAGUCGAGUAUGGUUAGUAAAGAAGACCAAGGACUCAACAACAAGGCAGGAUGCACCUCCUAAGGGACCUUCAAAAUUCACCAAGAAGGAUGAGGAAAAAAGGUGUUUCCGAUGUAAGAAAGUAGGGCAUGUGGCUCGGAAGUGUCCAACUCUGUCCGAGGAAGAAAGGUGCUUCAGAUGUUCAGAGCUGGGGCACAUAGUCAAAGAUUGCCCACUUUCAAGGAAAGCGGCCAAGGACAGGAAAGAAGUGUCUAAGGCGAGACGAGAUGACUCCAGGGGGAGUUCAUCGGGCAGGCGUGAUGACUCCAGGGGGAGUUCAUCCUAUAAACCUGCGACAAGUGGUCUCGAGGAGCUGGGUACAUGGGCCCAUGCUAAGAGAUCGAGGCAGAGUAGUAGCUCCAGUCAUGGAGGAGUUACUAGUGCCGUGGCCACAGGAAUUAGUGCGCCGAGUCCUGACUUGUGUCCUAUUUUUGGAUGCAAUAGUCAGUUAACGGAGAAACACGCAUGGAACAAACAUAUCCCUCCAGUGUUUCAUCCCGUGUUCGACGGCAAGGGGAUGGAAAAGAGAAGAUUUUUGGCCCUUAAUCUUCUAGCCACCCAGCUAUUUGGAAUGAACGCAAAUAUGGACAGGUUAUGUCAAGCCUGCGAUGUCAUGGACCAGGGAGAUCGGGAGAUAGCUCCGAGUAGGAAAGAGGGUGUGGACAGCUUCAUCCACGGCCUGGGGUUGUCAGGCGAGUAUGCCCUCAGAGUGGGAUCUCUCCUGUUGUGGAAGCCUUUGCUAAGCCUAAUAGCGAAAUUAUGGCCGUCAGACCUGGAGGCGUAUAGGAACACAUGUUCCAUAGAAGAGGAGGAAGAGCUGUCUAUUCCUAAGCCUCCAGUAGGAUACGACAGUCACUGUCACGUAGAUCGUGUACGCCAGCACUUGGAGUUACCAACAACAGCUGGGUUACGGGAGGUCAUCGAGGCCAAGCAGGUGGAUGACAAGGAGAUAACAGUGUCAGGGGCCACUGUUAUAUUCUGCGACCCAGCAACCUACCCAAGUGCUGAGGAGGUGGCUUCUCUGAAGGCAGAGGGAGCCGUGGUGUCUGUGGGUUGGCACCCCAGACACGAGUUUGACCCAGAGGGCUGGGCGAAGUUUGAACAGACAGUAAGCAACCCAGAGGUGUCUGUUCUGGGUGAGAUUGGUGUAGAUUACACUACCUCAUCGUGGCAGUGGGAAGCUCAGUUUGAAGUCCUGGAAAGAGCUCUUACAUUAUUAAGAGAAGACCAGGUACUGGUGCUCCACUGUCGAGGGCCCAAGGAUGACUCAGCUGGUGAUUUGGUUUGGAGACAUGUUUUGAACAUUCUUCGAUUAGCUGAGAAUGUGAAAAGUGAUCAGUUAAUACACUGUCACUGUUUCACGGGGUCAAGGAGGAUGGUAGAGAAGUGGGUACAGUAUUUUCCCAAUACUUACUUUGGAGCUACUGCCAUCUUCAGGACGUAUACGGAUACGUCGAGGAGUAGGAGAGCGAUAGAAAUGUUACAGUGGAUGCCUGCAGGCAGGUUAUUGCUGGAAACUGAUGCCCCCUACUUCGGAUUUCCGACGAGGAGUAAGUCCACUCCAGCUUUCCUGGGGAAAGUAGCGGAAGUCGUCGCAAAAAUUCGUGGGUGUGACUGGGAAGAUAUUCUCAAGAUCACCGAGGAGAAUGGGCGUCGGUUAUAUCUAGACCGACUGGGGCCCAGUGUGGAGUAAGAACACCACGACGCUGGCCAGGAGGGGUACGACCUGGUCAGGAGAAGAGGCUGGAAGGAGUAUUCCUAGUGAUGAGUACCGUGUAUUGAUUCCUUGGCUGGUCAGCUUGGGCUGAUCGAGAAGCGACAAGGGAUCUGGUAGAGAGAACAGAGUGGGCGGUCCUUGGCUGGGUCAGCAUGGGCUGAUCGAGUAGUGAUACAAGGAUCGUAAGAAUGUGUUGUUGGUGUCGGAUUGUAAUGACUACCUCCAAUCCAGAUAAAGUGGGGAGGAGUGUAGUGAUCCGGCAUCGGUGUGUGGCUUGUCUUGGCCUCGAUCCGAGUCGAGGCUGAGUGUCAGUUUGGGAGAAACUCGAUAGCUGUAAGGAGUGGGUUACAGCGAGGAGCACUGAGAACAAAGGGCGACGCCAUUACUGUGAAGCAAGAUAGAGAUAGAGGUUGGAAUCCUGAUUUCUAGUGGUUAUCUAUAGGAAAGGGAUUUCGUUACUGCUAAGGUAAGCAGAUUAUUGGUAGAAAUAUCCGGAGCUAGAGUUGAUUAGCGUAAGGGAUU